AUGCUCGUCCUCGUUGCCGGUGUCACCGGUAAUUUGGGCCAGAAACUAGUCUAUAGCCUUAUCAGUCGUGGGCACAAAGUUCGGGGUAUCGGUCGAAACCCCUCCAAGAUGGUCCCAGAGGCCUAUAGCCUGCUAGAAUCCUUCAUUGAGAGUCCACUAUUCUACGAUGUCGCAGCUCUAGACCGUGCUUGUACAGGCGUCGAUGCUGUCAUCUGCGCUUAUGGCAUGCAUCCACGUCUUCAACUCGAUGGGCAACUGCUCCUUCUUCAUGCAGCUGAGCGUGCUAGUCGGAACUUGGAGCUUGGAAAGCAUGAGAGCUAUGACGCAUACGUUUCUUUCCGGCACCAGGUCGAGAUGACCUCCGAUAUCAAGCCCAUCUACGUCUUCAACGGAAUAUUUGCGGAAACCCUUUUUUCCUUCGCCGAUCAUGGCCAUUUUGGACCCGACCAGCCGAACUUGUGGGACCCCAAAGAGGAGCGAAUGAAAAUCUGGGGAACUGGGCAUGCUGUCUGGUACUGGACGACUGAGCAAGAUGCAGCUGAAUUCACGGCCGAAAUACUACAGCGUGAUGACGCCGUCGAAGGUGGCUUUUGGAACGUUUGUUCGGGAGCGAAUUCUUUGAUCGAAAUCGCCCAAAUUUACGAGCAGAGCCAGGGAAGAAAGGUCACUCUUGAUAUCAUGGGGAGCGUGGAAGACCUGUGCGCGAAGGCACUGAGUGCCCGAGAACAAGGAUACAAAAGUCACUUUGAGCGCUAUAUCGGAUGGUUUUACCAACUCCACGCCAUAGAUGGAACUUGGACUUUCCCGAAGCUCGACAACGAUAAGCUGAAAGCCAAGACCACGUCCUUAGAAGAGUUCUGGGCGAAUCACCCAGAAAUUUAG